UGUUACUAUGGUAACCACCAACUGUCAAGAGAAGCAACAGUUUCAUUUAACUGAUGAGUGAGCGCAGUGCGUUGUGUUAUCCUGUUGGCUUUGUGUGAACAGAGAUACUUAAGGAUCAUGUCUGUUUUCCGGACUUUCUUUGCGGUUCUCCUUGUUUAUUUAAUGGUGCAGAAGAGUUGUGCUAUUGUGGUCUACGCAAAAGUUGGUGACUCGGUUGUCCUACAUCCAGGUCGGAGUUUUGAUAACAUCACUUCCAUUAGCUGGGGGCAUGAAAUGAGCCCUGUCUUGGAGUGGUUUGGACAGGACAUUAUUCCUUCCAAAUGUUAUAAAGGUCGCAGUGAUGUGGCGAAAACAACAGGAAGUCUGAUCAUCCACAACCUGACAGUCAAGGACACCGGCGGCUACACACCUCAGAUUAACACCUUGACUCUUAACCCAGUGGUACUCAAGGUCAUCGAACCGGUCCCAAAACCGAUGGUGUUCUUAAAAUGCAACGUUAGGCGAACCCUCUGUGACCUCACCUGUAAAGCCAACACCAGUUCUCAGUUUGGACCCGUCACGUAUAAAUGGGAAGCAGGAAACAAGGUGGUGUCCACUGAUAAUCAGCUGAGCUUAACAGAGAAAGAUCUAAGUCGUGCUUACACCUGCAAGGUGAAAAACCCUGUUAGCACCUCGACCAGCGAUGAGGUGGCUGCCCCUGCUGAUAAAGGGUUUCAUCCUGCAGCAGUGGCGGUACCAGUUGUGCUUGUAGUCCUGGUUCUGGUUGUGGUUGGUGGCUAUGUUAAGCACAGGAAAGAGCAAAAACAAGCACAGAAUGUUGAAGAAGCCAUUGAUGAGACGUCUGCUAUGAGCCUGAAAGCCGUGAGGAGAAAUGAUUGGUCUCACCUGCAUUGAGGAAGACAAACUCCCAAGAAGGAAGCCUUCAUCUCCAUGAUGAUGAAGAACAAUGGCUGCAUGACGACCAGGAACUUCAGAAACAAAGCCUGGAGCUUCAAAUUCUCACAAACGUCUAAAUUCAUCACAGACGUAUUGAAUCGAGCAAAGCAUCUUUUGAGCGUUUUCUUUGUAACCUCACAACAAACAAAAUACAAUAGUAGUAGUUUCUGUUGGUUGUUAAGUAACAACAAUACCUUUACGCCUCAAAGAAUGCAGUACCGACUGCAUCCCCCAGGGGCGCUGCAGCCAAACCGAGCAGCAUCACUUCAAGGCUAAAACAUGAAAAAUAUUCUUCCUUUCAGUUUAUUUAUUUGGACUAUUUUGCAUAUUCUGAGGUUUUUUUCUCCAACAAAAGUCGGUUUUCUUGGAUAAAACAGGCAGAAAAACAAAGACUCUAUCUGUAAAAGAAAAAUAUACAUAUUUAAUUUAAGUUUUGUAAAAUGUACCAUUUGGACACAAAAAUGUAAGAAGGGUAUAAUCAAUUUAAUGGUGCCUCAAGAGUCCUUAAAUUCUCAUUGCAAGUGUUAACAUGGUAAACGAUGCAUUUCCCCUUGAGAAUCAGUAAAGUAUAUUUUAUUGUGCUCUA